AUGCAUAGCCAAGUUGAAGAUCCAAUUUCCAAUGCGAAUGCUCAACGACGACGAUGGGGUGAAAAGGAAGGUCGCCUUUUAAUAUUAUAUAAAGCUGUUUUAAGUGGAGAUUGGAACGCUGCUGAACCUGUUCUGAGAUUGGACAAAAGUGCAGCUUGUCUUUCGAUAACAAAAGUAGAAGAUACGCCUCUUCACCUAGCUGCUCUCACCAAGCAAACUGCAAUUGCCCACAUGCUAGUCAAAUACUUGGACGAAGGAGACUUGGAAAUUAAGAACAAUUAUGGAAAUACAGCUUUCUUUUGUGCAGCUGUAUCAGGGGAUGUAGAAAUUGCCAAGGUCGUGUACGAAAAAUAUAAUACUCUGCCAACAAUUCGAAACCGCUUCGGCAUAAGCCCAAUUCAAGAGGCAGCUGCGCUGGGAAACAAAAAAAUGAUUGAAUAUCUUUACGAAAUUACACCUCUUAAACAUUUCGAGGAUGAGGAGCGCAUGAACAUUCUUGCUGCAACUAUCAACACUGGAACGAACAUUCUUGCCGCUCCUCAUCCUCGAAAUGUUGAAGAGGUGUAA